AUGCCUCUGUUCGCCGCCAACCCCUUCGAGCAGGACGUGGAAAAAGCCACAAAUGAGUACAACACUACAGAAGAUUGGAGUCUUAUUAUGGACAUAUGUGACAAAGUUGGAAGCACUCCUAAUGGAGCAAAAGAUUGCCUAAAAGCCAUAAUGAAAAGAGUAAAUCAUAAGGUUCCUCAUGUUGCUCUGCAGGCAUUAACUCUUCUUGAGGCUUGUGUGGCAAACUGUGGAAAGAUAUUUCAUUUAGAAGUAUGUUCCCGUGAUUUUGCAACAGAAGUACGUGCUGUGAUAAAAAAUAAGGCUCAUCCUAAAGUAUGUGAAAAAUUGAAAUCUUUAAUGGUGGAGUGGUCAGAAGAAUUUCAAAAGGACCCUCAGUUUAGUCUAAUAUCUGCAACUAUUAAAUCUAUGAAAGAAGAAGGAAUUACUUUUCCUCCAACAGGAUCUCAGACUGUCUCAGCGGCUGUCAAGAAUGGCAUGUCAUCAAACAAAAAUAAAGAAGAUGAAGACAUAGCUAAAGCUAUUGAAUUAUCAUUGCAAGAGCAGAAGCAGCAGCACCCGGAAACAAAAUCCUUAUAUCCAUCUGUAGAAGUUCAGUUAAAUAAUAAAGUUGCAAGGAAAGUGAGAGCUUUAUAUGACUUUGAAGCUGUUGAGGACAACGAACUCACCUUUAAACAUGGUGAAAUUAUUAUUGUUUUGGAUGACAGUGAUGCCAAUUGGUGGAAAGGAGAAAAUCAUAGAGGAAUAGGACUCUUCCCAUCUAAUUUUGUAACAAGUAAUUUAAACAUGGAGUUGGAGGCAGCAGCUGUGGACAAAUUGAAUGUAAUUGAUGAUGAAGAGGAAGAAAUUAAGAUAUCAGAGCCUGAGCCUGUUUAUAUAGAUGAGGAUAAGAUGGAUAGAGCACUGCAGGUACUCCAGAGUAUAGAUCCAACUGAUUCCAAACCAGACUCCCAGGACCUCUUGGACUUAGAAGGUAUCUGCCAACAGAUGGGUCCAAUGAUAGAUGAAAAACUUGAAGAGAUUGAUAGGAAGCAUUCAGAAUUGUCUGAGUUGAAUGUAAAAGUCUUAGAAGCUCUGGAACUCUAUAACAAAUUAGUGAAUGAGGCACCAAUGUAUUCAGUUUAUUCCAAGCUCCAUCCUCCAGCACAUUACCCACCUUCAUCAGCGGGAGUUCCAAUGCAGACAUACCCAAUUCAAUCACAUGGUGGAAAUUAUAUGGGUCAAAGCAUGCACCAAGUUACUGUUGCCCAAAACUACAGCCUAGGACCAGAUCAGAUCGGUCCACUGAGAUCUCUGCCUCCAAAUGUGAAUUCUUCAGUGACAACACAGUCUGUUCAGGCUCCGUAUUUGAGCCCUGGACAAGACCCUGCUUCCAAUCCUGCUUAUAUGAACCAGAACUCUGCCCUUCCAUCAGCUGCUGGCACAGCUGCUUACACGCAGCAGAUGGGGAUGUCCGUGGACCUGUCUUACCAGAACACUGCGGCCAGUCUGCCCCCGUUGGCAGGCUUCCCCGUGGCAGUCCCAGUGCACACAGUGGCCCAGCAGCAAACAAAUUACCACCAGCAGCCUCUUCUUUAG